UAUCUGAUUUUGGUCAGUGAGAAAAUCCCCACUCCCAAAGAGCUCGUGGUAGUAGACCUGGGCCCUGGCAGGGUUGCCGGGGUUGUACUGUAUGGCCAUGUUCCGACACUCUUCGGAAAAGAGUGAUGUCCAUACCACCAUCUCCCCUGGACUGAGGACUGCUCGCAUGACCAAUUUCCAAUCAUUGUUGGUGAGUACAUAUGAGGCCAGAUCCUUCAUUCUAAUUUUUAUGUAUGGGGACUUUAUCCUGUAUUCUGUAACAGCCUUUUUCAAUUCCUUAAUCAAGUUUGGAGGGACAGGGGUAUGCCUCCUGACAAUGGGAUCCCUAAUCCUCUGUCCAGGGUUGUAAGGAUCAUCCCUCUCUUACCCUGGGUCCUCAAUGACUGGAUAAGCCCCUUGUCCCGUAAAUUCAAGGUCUUGGCCUUCCUCCCUCAAUUUUGUAAUCAUUAAUUGUAAAGGAGAUUGUAAUUCCUGUUGGUGGUCACUGGGUGACCUUUGCUUACUCUCCCCUGGGGAUUUGACUAGUUCCCUUUUUCUUACAGUCAGCAGGGAGAGUUCCUCUUUUCUGUUUUUAGCCCUUAGUUCCUCUUUUUUCAUGCAGUCUUCUUUAAAUGUAACCACUUUGGAUUGCUUCAUGUUAAACUGCCCUAAUUUUUUCCUUAACUUGCUCAAUUGUUCUUCCAGUCUCCUGGUCCAGUCAGCCAAGCUGGGCUCUGGCUCUUGGGCUUGGGCGAGUUCACUUAAAUCAGGAUAGAGACGUGUUGGAGAGGUUGCCCUGGAGCCCCCUGGAGAACUUUGAGGGGAAGGUGAGGGGGUGGUUUGAGUGGACAGGGAGAACUGCCAUACCGUCUUUUCGCUCAUCCCCUCAUCCUCCUCCAUGGCAGCCUUUAUGACAUCAUACAGGAAGAAAGUACCAGGCUCAAGAUCUCCGGGUUUCUCCAAGUCAUAAGAUGCCCAGGGCUCUGAGCGCUGUGGCGCCACCUAGUCGUCCAUGAAAUGAAAGCCAUCAGAUGAAAUGACUGUACCCAAGAAGUUUAUUGGGAUUGGCAGAAGAGACUCAGUCACUCCUGCUGGGGGGAGGAUGAAAUACCUGGGCAUUUGAGUGGCUAGCCACCUUAGAGGAGAGAGAAGUUCAGCCAAGCCCCUGAGGGCGAUUCACUUGAAGGUAGAGAAAGAAAGACUCCAGCUCCCCUGCUCUGCCCCUUCCCACCCCCCAGGCCGAGGUUAAUUAACCGUGUUGACUUGGAACAAAUAGAAGAGUUUGGACUUGCCCUGGACAUCGCAGAAGUGUCCUUGGAGUAGCUGAGAGCAGUGCCUACAUUGGGCGCUAAUGAGAUUCUGAAACUGGGCCAGAAACGAAGGAGUCUGCUCCCAAGCUGGACAUUACCGUGGAAGACUCAUCCUGGGAAAGAUUCCCAGGGGGUGGGCCUUGUGUUUCCAUGCUAGGAAAGGGAAGGGGUGCUGGAGUAGAGAUGGAGCAGAUCAGUGAAAAACUUUCCAGACAGGUGAGAGCCCCCCAGAGGAAACCUCCUAGUGAAGUGCCAGAUGAGGAAUGUAAGAGGUGUGGUGACAACUUCAAUCCUGAGCCUGGCCUGUUUCCCCAACAGCACGUCUCUGUGGUCGAGACUCUCUAUAAAUGUGAUAUACACAGAAGUUGUCUCAGUCUGUGUUCAGACCUAAGCAAAGGUGGUGGAAUCUGCCCCAAGAAGAUACUUUCCAAGCAGAAAGAAUGUGGAAAUUCCAUCAGUUGCAAUUCAGAUCUUUCUGAGUAUCAGCAAAGGCAUUCUGAAGAGAAACCUUGUGGAUGUAAUGAACUCGGGAAGGCCUUCCACCAGACCGUUCACACUGGAGAGAAAUUCCCAAGUCGGAGGACUCGUACCGAAGAGAGGCCAUAUGAAUGUCCUGAGUGUGGGAGGGCCUUCAACCACGUCUCCUCUCUCAACUCCCAUCAGAGGACACACACUGGAGAGAGACCGUAUGAGUGUAAUGAGUGUGGGAAGGCCUUCUGCCGGAGCACACACCUCAUCGAGCACCAGACAAUUCACACUGGGGAGAAACCUUAUGAGUGCAGCGAGUGUGGGAGGGCCUUCCGCCAGAGCGCACAGCUGACGCGACACCAGAGGAUUCACACUGGAGAGAAGCCUUAUAAGUGUCAUGAAUGUGGCAAGGCCUUCAACCACAGCUCUUCCCUUACUUCCCAUCACAGAAUUCACACUGGAGAAAGGCCAUAUGAAUGUAAUGAAUGUGGCAAGGCUUUCAACCACUUUUCUUCCCUCACCUCCCAUUACAGGAUUCACACUGGAGAGAAACCCUAUGAGUGUAGCAUCUGUGGCAAGGCCUUCUACCACAGCUCAUCACUUACAUUCCAUUCCAGAAUCCACACGGGCGAAAGACCAUAUGAGUGCAACGACUGUGGGAAAACCUUUAAUCACAUUUCCUCUCUCAUUUCCCAUCACCGAAUUCACACAGGGGAGAAACCUUAUGAAUGCCAUCACUGUGGGAGGGCCUUCCGUCGCAGCACACAUCUCAGCCGACACCAGGUCGUGCACACUGGAAACAAACUGAAUGAGUGAGAGAGAUGGGGGAAAGCCCCUGGAUACUGAUGGUCAGAAAUCCAUCCUGGAGAGGGGCCUUGCAAGGCAAAACCUUAUGAAUGUAAUGAAUGUAAGCAAAAUUUCAGGGGGUACGCUUGAUUGAGAAUGAGAUUUCAACCAAAAUGCAAUCCCUAGAUGAAGCAUGCAUCCAUCCUAAUCAGGGGCCUUGGUUUUUCCAAACCUUUUCUUCUCUCAGUUCCCCUGCCCUCUCUGCCCUAGCCUUAGACUACCCAGACCCUGAGAAAAGAGCUGGAGAUCUGAAAGGCCCUCUUUCAACUUUGCUUUUGAAAAUUCUCAGGUCUUCAAGUCUUCUCCCUUCUGUCCAAGGGGCUUGCUAAAGCUACACCCUUGAUCCAUCCUUCCUGCCAAAUUUCACCAGGACCUGACCCUAACGGCACUCCCUGCUUUCAUGAACCUUUAAUGUCUUUUUCCAUAGUCUCGGCCCUUUUGGUCUGUGGUACUUCAAAAAUAAAGGAGUGAAAGAGUGGCCCUCCAGCCCUCCACCUACCAUUCCAUAGCAGACCUGUUCUCUCAUUGCUGAUACCCCCUACAUAUUCUGAACACUUUAAAAUCUUUGCUCCCAAGACCUGCGCUGAAUCUUCUGUAUCACAUUAAAAGCGCCUUCUUACUUGUGUGUCCCAAGGGUUCUUUCCCUGGUCUUCAGCUUUUAUCUCCUUUGGCUCUAAGAAAGAAGCCAUUCUCUUUUCCUCCAAGAUGCUCUCUCCUCCUCCUGCUUCACAGCAUCUUUCAUUUCUUGUGUCUCUUUUGCAGAUUCUUCCUUUUGCUGACCCUGUAGGACGGAUGCUUUCCCAGGUUUUGGAAUUUCAUUGAAUCCCAGAGCUUCUGUGUCUUCCGCGGGUACAUCAAGGCCAUUCGUGGCUUUUGUUUGAUUUCCUCUCACUGGUAUCACAAUUCAUGCUGUAUCAUGUUUGAAAAUUGUGUUAUUUCUGUUUUAAUUUUUUAAUUUAAUAAUUGCUGUUUUAACACUUUCGUUUCUAAAUACAUCCCUCCUCUACCUCCUGCUCAGGAGAGCCUUCUCUUGUAGCACACGCAGCCCCUAGACAGUGCAUGGCAUUGUUCCCACACUUUCUCUCUUCUUUCGGCCCAGCUCGGUCAUCCGGUCAUGUAGAACUCAGUGUUGAUUUCCGGGGAUGCCUUUUUCCCUUCUGUCUGUAUUUGUGUUGUCAUCACUGUGCUCCCUUUUGUUGCUGCUGUUGUAGUAUUCACUUUGUGUCAGAUUAUUUCAUCCUCUGGAUUCUGCACGUUUAUUGUUUUCAGUGCAGUGGUGUUUUUGGUUUGGCUGCUCCUCCAAUUAGUGGGGGUAUGUUUCCAGUUCUUUGCUACUACAAAAUGUUAAUGCACCUUUUGAUAUACAGGGGACUUUUUUUUUCCAUCUUUGACUUCCUUAGCCGUGGGAUCUCUGAGUCAAGGUGAUCGACGAUUCUAGUAACUUAUGCUAGGAAAGCUUAAUUCCACAUUGCUUUCUAGAAUGCUUUGACCGGUUAAUAGCCGCACUGACAGCGCAGUGGUUUGCCUUUCUUUCUGUGAUGCCUCCAACACUGCUUCCAAACAUUAGCACAUGUGGGCCUCUUUGUCAGUUUUCUAGAUGAGAAACUUCAAUGUUGGUUUGAUUUGCAUUCAUGAUUUGACACAGUCUUUCAUAGGAUCAUCAUCAAGUGGGGAAUGGCUCCUGGUUUCACGUUUUUUUAGUUCCCUGUGUAUUUUGGAUUUGUGCCCGACUCCUCAUGGCCCUGUUAGGGUUUUCUUGGCAGAGAUACUAGAGCAGUUUGGGUAUCAGACCCUUAUUAGAGAUGAUCAAUACAAGAAGCUUUCCCUUCUUAUUGCAGUCGCUUUGAUUUUGAAGUGCUCUAUUUACUCUCUUGUAGUGGGCCCUAUCUCUUGUUUGGCUAAAGAUUUACCUCCUUUGGUAGCCACAGCUGUGACAGGUACCUGAUCGGACUCUAUUCUGAUUUUUUUAUGGUAUGAUUUUUCAUAAUCAGGUUGUAGAUCCACUCUGAGUUUAUUUUGGUGUGUGGUGUAAGAUGUGGAUCUAAAGCUAAUUUCUACCAAACUGCUUUCUUACUUUGUGAGCAAUUCUUUUUCACACAGGGAGUUUUUCCCCCAAGUAAUUUGUUCUUGUUUAUUCAUAUUCCAGUUCUCAGGAAUCAAAUCGAAUGUGUUCGUGUCUGGUUCUUUCUUUUCUAAUCUUUUCUUGGAGCCAUUUUAAAUUCCUCUUUGUCCCUUACCUCUAGCAUCUAAUCUGUUACCAUGGCCUAUUGAUCUUCCCUUCAGUCUCUUUUCUGUCCCUCCCCUCCUCUCUCUGCCUGUAGCUACUGUGCUUUUCUUAACUUCACCUGCCUAUUUCAAGGUCUUCCCUUGUCCACUUUCUUCCCCCUCUAGUCCAUCUUCCAUCCAUUCAACAAGCAUUUAUUACCUACCUGCUGUGUUCCAGAUAGGGCUAAGCACUAAGGACAUGAGACCAAAGCAAAACAUGCCCAGUUCUUACCGCCAGUAAGUGAGUAUAAAAUAAAAUCCCUAUAGAGCCAAGUGUGGGCAGGGAGGCACCAGCACUUGGCCUCCUGCAGGUGGCGGCCUUGAAGCGAGCUGGGGAAUCCUGGUGUGGGGGAGGACACAGACCUGGGGAAGCCUUUGGGAGUCCAUGAGGGACAGAGAUAAUGUGCUACGCCUGGAAAGGUGGGCUGGAGGCAGUAAUUUAGGGUUUUUACGGGAGACAUUCUGGACACUGAGGUCUCUUGAACAGGGGCAACAUAGUCAAAAUUUUGGUUGAGGCAGAUGAGCUCUCUUUGUGGAGAGGACAGAGAUUCAGUGCAGAAAGAGCCUGGGGGGAGGCUGUGGCAGUGGUCUAGGGAGGUAGUGAGACCCACAUCACGUGGUGACCACAUGACUGAGGGGAUAUUGGGAGUGCAGGAGAGGGAAGAGCCGAGGAGGAGAAAUUGUGGGCCUGAAUGACUUCAAGGAGAUGGGAUUAAAACUACAGGGGAGGAGAUGCCUGAGAAUCCGUCCUAAUGCAGAAAGAAAAUGCUCUUUGUUUGAGAGGCUAACAUGAGACACAGAGAAUUCUCCAACCAGAAACGGUCAGAAGCAGCAAGGACAGGUGACAGAACAAAUAUCACCAAUGAAAGCAUCUAUAAAGCACCCCAUGGAUCCAGGACCUGUUCAAAUACAAAAACCAAAGCCGUCCCAGUUCACAAAGAGCUGCUGCCCUCAACACCCCGAUGAAUAUUUAGAAAAUAAAGCACAAAGUGCUAGCUAUACUUACUCUGGGAGGGAAGGCACUCCUUGCAGCUGGGGCACUCUGGGGUGUUUGAGCCGUUUCCUGAAGGAAGGGAGGGAGUCUGUAAGAGGGACAUGAAGACAAUGGAGAGUCUGAUCCAAUUAGCCUAGAGAGAGGUCGGGAAGGACUUUAAAAGAUGAAUAAAAGGCUUUGUCUUUGAACCUAGAGGCUGAAUAGGAGCAUGAUGGGUUGGGGCCUCUGGGAGGAGGGCCUGCAGGAGGGAGGUAUUUCAGGCAAGGAUUGCGGUAACCUAGGUGAGAAGAGGUGAGGGCUGAGGCCCUGGUGUGUGAGUGGGGAGAAUGGGCCUUCUGCAAGAGGGGUUGUGAGGAACUGAGGAUGGCUGGCUGAGGUUAUGAACCUGGCAGUCUGCACAAAUGGUGAUGCCUUCACAAGGAGGGGGGAAGUUUGGGACAGUAGCAAUAGAGGACACAGGACAGAGAGAGAGAGACUGUGCUUCGAUGUAUAGAGACGUCUCCUUGAGACAUCAUUCUGCCAGCGGCUAGUUUGGAUAGUUAGCACUUUCCUCUUUUUAGAGUGCCUCACUGAGUGAGCUUCACUAUAGCCCUAUGAAGUAGUUGGCUCCAUUUUACAGACAAGGAAACAGGCAGAUUUCAAGCCCUGGUGUUCCUGCCUGCAGGUCCAGCACUCUGCCACGAAGACCUGAGUUCCAGUCAGCCUCCCACACCUACUUCUUUGUGACCUAGAAUAAGUGGCUUAAAUCUGGCUGCCUCAGUUUCCUCAACUGUAAAUGGGAAAACAACAGCACCUUCUUCCUGGGUGGUUGUGAAUAUUAAAAUGAGAAAAUAUUUGUAAAGCGCUUUCCACAGUGCCAGGCACAGAGUAGGUGCUUAAUAAAUUUUUGUUUCCUGCCUGCCUGCCUGCCUGCCUUUGCUUGGUAUAGGAGUGUGAUGAGGCUCUGUCAGAUUUGUGUUGAGCGCUAAAGCUCGGGAAUGAGCUGAGCCUGCAGAGGGAAAUGAAGGACAACAGGAAGGGUCAUCUCAGAGGGAGAGGACCUGAGCUUGGGAAGGGCAAGGGGGGUGGGGAUGAGAGCUGAUAGCAGAGAUAAGGCAGGGCUGCUCAGUUCUCUGAUUUCUCUGCCAAAGGGAAUGGCCUUCUUCCUGAAAAUGACAAGAAAGUUGAAGGGAGUUGAUAACCACGAUGAGGAUGGGAUAAGAGCACCUUGUUGCCUUUGAAUUCAAAUGACUGACCCAGCUGAACCUUGGGUCCUGAAAGCACUGGCUGAUGUGAUUGUUGAAAAACCAGGGAGAAGAGAAGUGCCCCAAGAAGCCUUUCCCAGCCCUGUAAUGUGCCUCCCAUCUGCCCUGUAGGGAGAGGGUUAGCAUGUUGUCUCUGUUAGACUGGGAGUACCUUGAGGGCAGGGGAUGACUGAUGCUUGUUCACUGAUUGCCAGAGAUCACACCAAUGGCCUUCCUUGUGCCUAAUGGGCUCCAGUUGUCUCCAGAGCUUCCAUUUCUGGUUUCCAAAGCACUUUGUGCAAAUGCUCUCCUUGAAUCUUCUCCACUACCCAGUGAGGCAGGGCAGUCAUUAUUACCACAUUACAGACCAGAUGAGUCUAGAACUUCUAAGGGACUUGCUCAAGUUUUCGUGUGUGUCCAAGGCAGCCAUCUGAAGCCACCAGAUGGCUGCCAAGUCCCCCUUCUAGCCUUGUCUCAUACUUUCCUCCACAUAUUUCAGGAUGUUCCUUCUGUUUGAAAUAUCCUUUCUCUCUGUACUAGUGGAUGAGGCUAGACUCUGGUUUUGCCACCUCUUUUAAAUCUUCCUUAAUUCCCCUGCCCAUUAAUGACACACCAAAGUUAUCUCUCUGUUUACCCUUCUACUAACCCUCAUAUAAAAGACUAUGUUCUCAGUCCAUCUUAGGGUAUAUUUCUUUAGUCUUUUGACCUAAAUGACCCAUCUCAUACCUUACAUCUGGUAUUUUUGUAUUAAAGUUCUAUCUAAAUGAUCAAAGGAUAUAAACAAACAUUUUUCCAAAGAGUUGCAGAUUGUUAAUGUCCAUAUGAAAGAAUACCCCAAGCCACUAAUUAUAAGAGAAAUGCAAAUCAAAAUAGCCCUGAGGUGUGAGCUCACACCCAGCAAAUUGGCAAAGAUGACAAAAGAUGGGAACAGUUGUUGCUGGAGAGUUGGUGGAAAGAUGGGCACACUGAUGCCUUGGUGAAGUGGUGAAUCGGUACCAACAUUGUGGAUAGCAAUCUGGAAUCAUGCGGAGUGGCUAAAAUGACCAUACCCUUUGAGAUUUCACUGCUAGGCCUAUAACCUAAGGCAGUCAGUGGCAAACAGAAAGGGUCCACAAAUGCAAAAAUACUUGUAGCAGCACUUUUCGUGGUAGCAAAGAAUUUAAAACAAAGUAGGUACCCAUCCAUUGGGGAAUGGCUACACAAACUGGCACAUGAACAUAAUGGAAUCUUAUGUGCUUUAAGAAACACAUGUGAUAAGUACAGAGAACCCUGGGAACCUCUCCAUGAACUGACUCAAACCAAGAAAACAAUGGACAUAUUGGCUCCCACAUUAAGAUGGAGAGAACAACUGGAAAACCAUCCUGAUGGAAUGUUGUGAACUGGAAAGGACCCCAGCUGGCCCCAAAGAGCAGAGAUGAGAGGACAUCUCCCCGACUCCUCUGCAGAAGUCAGGUUGUGGCUCUGAACUGCCUAAGAUCUGAGACUUUCUGAUAUGUGACUGAGCAGAAUGUUUUCUUCAUCCUUUUAUUAUGAGAGGGGAGGAAUAGAGUG